GGGAAUUUUUUCUGUUUUUCAGGUUUUUUUUGUGAUUUUGUAGACAAAUUUUCGUAGACAAUUGUUUUGUCGCUGCGCUUUGAUGGGCGACGUUGCAAGAAUCGCUGGCAUUAUAUAAACAUACAGCACAGCUCCAGCGUCAGUCAGUUGUACACUUCAAGUGGCAAGAAGCAAGAAGAAACCCAAAACUAAUCCGACAAAAUGUUCAACUUGCGCUCUGUCUAUCUGCUGCUGGCCUGCGCCUUGUUUUGCCUGCUGCUGAGCUGCUCGGAGGCAGCGCCACGUCCGCAGGAGGAACAGAGCGCGGCCGGCGACCUGGAGGCGGGCGUCGAGGCUGAGGAAAAGGAUCUGCAGGGCGCCGCUUCCUAUGGCUAUGGCUACUAUGCCUCACCUUAUCUGGGCAGCUACUAUGGCGGCGGCGGCUACUGGCCCCACUAUAGCGGCAGCUACUACGGCCUGGGUGAGUUUGGCUAUCCCUACUAUGGCGGCUACUAUGGACUGCAUCACCAUCAUCAUGGACACUAUGGACACUAUUUCUAAAUGGGAAUCAACCUCUCACCUCAUAGCUCAUGCUAAGCACUCAGCGAGGCUGCGUUAGUGACCAAAUUCCUUAGUAGUUUGCACUUUAGCUUCAAUUUAAUUGCACAAGGAUAAUUGCUUUAAUUAAGCAACAAAAUCAUAACAAAAAAAAUAGAACGAGAGAAAUGAAAAAAAAAAACAAUAUUAAUUAAUAGCUACAAUCGUUUCAACUUUACGACCUACAUCUUCUAAAGAAGUCGCAAUACCCAUACAUUCAGAAGUAUUAUAUACAUAUUAGAUGUCAUAAAAACAAAGUGAACCGUUGCCGAAAACGCCGAGAUAAAUAAAUAAAAUGUAA